GGAUCUGCAAGAUUCCAUUCUUAUUCUUUUAGUUACUUCACAUUGUUUAUAUUAUAGGAAAUUUGAUGGGUUUUUUUAGCAAUUUGUUUGCUUUCUUUAAUGUUCUUGAGUUGAUUAUGUUGUAAUUUUGUUGCGUAAGUAGGUUAAUGUUGUUGAUGAUUGUCAUUUUCUGUUGAUAUUAUUAAUUUUAUCAAAAAAAUUGACAAAGUCAGAGGAAUACAUGUCUAAAUUACUAUAUUUCUGCAAUUAUAAGUUUCUAAGAAAAGACGAUACUUGUGGGAGGAAAUUGUACUUGAGAGCUGACCUAUUGUUUGAUUAACUAGUACAUAGUACUGUUUUAAGGUUGUUAUAGUAAUUUGUUUCUUAGUCUGACUUAUCUUCUAGUAGUAUUUACAUAGAUUUUCCUUGGAAUUUCCAUUUGUUUGAUGCUAAGAAGCUUGUUCUUGAAUUUUGGAAAUAGUGUAUGAUCAAGAUUUUAUCUAGGUUGUUUUCAAGAUAAUUAAAAAUAUUUAUAUUGCACUUUCUAUCCGCGUUCCCGUAUUCUUAGGCAUGGAAAUAUCUACAAUGUAAAUUCUUUAUGCUGUCUUUGUCAAUGUGAGGUGAGGCAUGUAGUAAUUUGGAAAAUUGGUCGGUAUUCUUGGUCGAUGUGGCUUGGUUAGAGAAGAAAUUCAAUUUAAUAAAGACCAAAAAGGCUAUAUAUACACUGAACUUCUAAUUAGGUUCUUUCUUCCUCUUUUUCACUUUUUCAUUAAUCUUCCUGAUUCAUGUCAUCAUAUGUUUUAUGAGGUUCUGGGCCUUCUGGCUAGUAUUGAAGAAGGGAGAAUUUUUAAACGGGUUCAUGGGGAUCCUUCAUUAAGCUAUAUUUGCUGUUGUUGAUGCUUUUCGUACUGGUCUAGUUUAGAGAAUUGAGGUCUUUAAAAGCUGAUCAAAAGGAAUUGGCUUCAGCUUUAAAGGCACAUCUGGUUUAGAGAACUGUGUUGAAGUGGUGAUUCAAAUAGUUGAUGAAAAGAGAAUUUGUCUUGGAUUUCAGUUACAAGGCACCUUUUGAUUUGAGGUGCUGAUACACACUCUUCUGCAGCUCUGCCUCUGUUAAAGGUUCUCGUCCUGAACUCCUGAUUCAGUUUAGAGGAUUGAGGUGAUUUCAAUAGAGAAAUUAUCAAACAGCUAUGGGUAGCCAGCCGUGGGAGGAACAUCAUGUCCUACCUGAGCUUAAAGAAAAUUUGGAAGAACUGUUUCCUGGUCUUACUAUUGAAGAGGCUCUUCAGCAUCAGGAAAGUCUUUACCAGUCCCUAAAGAUUAGCUGUCUAACUAUAGACCAAAUAGCUAGAUCUUCUGACAAUGAACCAAGCAGUAGCCAUGAGCAUUCAUGGGGAGAAUCAUCAUUUUCAGGAAGUUGUGACUAUGAUUUGGCAUUGGAUGAAGCUGUGGCUAGAUCUUUGCAAGAGUUAGAUUUAGAAGAAGAAAUUGAUCAUGAUGCCAUUUCAGAAUCACUGCGUAGUGCUUCUAGGAACUCUGAACCUGCUGCUGCUGGCACAUCUGUCUCGGAGACAAUUCAGGAUUCCGUUGAUCCAGAUCAAAUGACUUAUGAGGAGCUGCAGUCCUUGGGGGAAGCGAUUGGUAGUGAGAACCAAGGAUUAUCUAAGAGUGAGAUAUCCAGUUUGCCACGUCACACGCACAGAUCUGGAAUUUUCUCAAAGAAAAUUGAUAUUGGAGACUGUGUGAUCUGUUGUACAGCAUAUAAAAACAGGGAUUCUAUUAUCAGUCUGCCCUGUUUACAUCAAUAUCAUAAAGAUUGUAUAGAGCCUUGGCUGGUGAAGAAAAGGAUUUGCCCGCUCUGCAAAAAGGAAGUGAAGUUGUCAUGAGAUUGACCUAGCUAUGCAUCGUGCGGUGCAUCCAACCACCAUGUUGCUGCAAGUUUAUAGUAUAAGAAGCACCUAGUUGUGUAAAAUUUGGUUGCUUUCUAUUGUUUGUUUGUUUGUUUCAUUAAGGUGGAAGGUAGAAAUAUUUUUCUCUUCUGCAAUUGAAGAUUGACGUGGUUGCAUCCAUUUGUAUGAAAACUCGAGUUAUACGUAUUAUUUAGUAUAUAUGAAGGUUGUAACUUGUAAGGUACCAAUGUUUUUCUGAGCUUUAAGUUCUGUGGUAUUGCUUUCUCCUCCACCUCAUUCAACUGAAGUUGAAGUGCCUUGAGACCUUUGUAUGACACUGCCUUACACUAUUUUAUUGUGAGGCAUGUUGGGGAUUUUCUAGUAAACAAGGGUCACAAAGAAAAAUGGAAA